GCGGCUGUCCAGGCGGCGGGUGCCCGCGGUGCUGCUCGCCCCCGGCAUGGAGCCCCCGAUCGGCACCGAGAGCGCCCGCCUGGUCAGCCCGCGGGGCGGCCGCGCCGACGGCAGCCUGCGCCUCAAGAGUCUGUUUGCAGGCUCCCAGGACCCCCUGGCACCGCCGAUGCCCCCGGCUCUGGCUCCCCACUGCCGCUGCAGCCCCCCUGUCCCCAGCCCUGGCCGGGGCAGGCUCCAGGCCCGCCGGCAGCUGAGCGUCGCCUGCACCGUCUGCUGCGUCUUCAUGGUCGGGGAGGUGAUAGGCGGGUACCUGGCGCACAGCCUGGCCAUCAUGACGGAUGCAGCCCACCUGCUGACGGAUGUGGGCAGCAUGUCCGUCAGCCUCUUCUCCCUCUGGGUCUCCACCCGUCCACCCACCAAGACCAUGAGCUAUGGCUGGCACCGCUCAGAGACGCUGGGUGCGCUGGCCUCUGUCCUCUCCAUCUGGGUUGUGACCGGGGCCCUUGUCUACCUGGCGGCCGCCCGCAUUGUCAGCAACGACUACGAGAUUGAGGCGCGAGCCAUGCUGGCUACAUCCGCCAGCGCCGUUGGCGUCAACCUGGUCAUGGCCUACAUCCUGCACCAGUCCCCCGCCGGCCACAGCCACAGCCACGGUGCAGGGGGCUACGAGCAGCUGGAGAGCACUGGGGGCUGCCCACCCGGCCAUGCCGCCCUGCCUGGCAGCACCAGUGUCCGCGCGGCCUUCGUCCACGUGGUGGGUGACCUGCUGCAGAGCGUUGGCGUCCUCGUGGCUGCCACCAUCAUCUACUUCAAGCCCCAGUGCAAGAUCGCAGACCCCAUCAGCACGCUCUUCUUCUCGGUCUUCGUCCUUGGCUCCACCUUCACCAUCCUCAGGGACGUCUUCAGAGUCCUCAUGGAAGGGACGCCGCGGGGCCUCGAGUUUGACGCGGUGAAGGAGGUGCUGCUGGGGGUGAGCGGGGUGAAGGGCGCCCAUGACCUGCACCUCUGGGCCCUGACGCUGAGCCACCACGCCGUGUCAGUGCACGUGGCUGUCGAGGCCAGCGCCGACCCCGAGACCGUGCUGCGGGAAGCCAGCACCCAGCUGCAGAGCAAGUUCGGCUUUGCCUCAUGCACGGUGCAGGUGGAGCGGUACCAGGAGGAGAUGGCAGCCUGCCAGCACUGCCAGGACCCCCGUGCCUGAGACCCUCGCCUGCUGUGGAGCUGGGUCAGGCCUGGCCCCGGCCCCCCACCCCGCAGGCGAGCAGGAGCUGCCCCUGGAGCAGGGGGUGCGGUGCAGGAGCAGGGGCAGGGGCAGUCCUUGGGCUCCUGUGCCUGUGCUGCACCCACCCCGCUGCUGCAGAGCCCUGGGGUGGGACAGUGCCCCUGAGCAUGCAGGGUCCCAGGGCCGGGGGGGGGACACACAACACACAGACACACACACACAGCCUGGCCCCUGCAGCACAGGGAUGCCCCCGUGAGCCUCCACGCCCAGGUGACCGGGUCUGCCACAGCCCCAGGCCUGCUGGGACCAGCCCCAAAGGAGGAGGGGGGAUCCUGCCCCACACACAUGCCCCCACGGAGCCCUGUUGUCCCCUGCAGGAGAGGGGACAGGAGGGAGCCACUGCAGCUGCUCAAGGGCCCAGGGAAGGGAGGGGACAUCCCCGGGGGGCAUUGGAGCCCAGACCCAGCCUUGGCCCCAGACGAUCCUGUUCCCCCAUGGCCACGGGGGCUGCCCCACAGCCCCCGUGGCCAUGGGCUUGCUCCUGCCUGGGCUGCAGGGGGGCCCGGGGGAGUUGCUGGUGCUGCACCCACCCGGGUGCAGGGAGACAGAGCGGCCAGAGCCCAGAGCUCAGCCCUGAGCGCCAGCUUCCCUGGCUUUGCUCCCUGCUGCCCGGCCCAGGCCAGGGCCGGAUCCUGCCGUGCUUUGGCCUGAUCCAUUCCCACCCUCGUGAGUCCAUGUCUGUUGCACCCAUGGAGUGUGUGUCUGUCCACGUCUUUGUGCAAGGAGUCCAGCGGGCAGUGGCAGAGCCCGCAGCCGCCAAUAAACUUGUUGGAGAGCA